AUUUAAACCACUCAAUUGGAAGAUUCACACGCGACAGCAUUCCUUAACUUGUCCUACGAGAUAAUAGAACUUACACACAUACAUUCGGGACAAGGUCUACCGACCUCACCUACCCACCUACUAUCCAUCUACCAUCUACAAUCUACAACCUACCCCUCCACCAAAAAAAAAAAACCACCCAAAAUGUCCACCCAAGACCAACAACCCGCAAACCCGGCAACAGCCCACCUCGACCUCGGCAUAACCCUCGCCAUUCACUCCUGGCCCGCGCUCACCCUCGCUGUACAAUCAAACUGGGGCGGCCCAACAAGCGCCGACAAACGCGACUGGCUCUGCGGCGCGAUCAGCGAGAUGCUUUCCGAGCGGCCGGAGACCGAUGCGGAGGAUCUGGAGGACGUGCUGGUGCAGGUGAUGAACGACGAGUUCGACGUGGUGGUGGAGGACGAGAGCGCGGCGCCUGUUGCGGCGCGCAUUAUGGAGAUGAAGGGGGCUGUGGAGCGCGGCGAGACGGAGGGGAUUAAGGAGAUGUGGGCGGAGUGGGAGAAGAAGGCUGCGAGUAAGGCGGAUGUUGUGGCGGGGUUUAAGAGGGGGGAGGAUGAGGAGGGGGAGACGGAUGAUGAUGAGGAGGAUGAGGAUGAUGUUGAUAUGGGGGAUGCGCCGCAGUUGGUGAGGGCGCCGAGGGAGAGAGUUGAGCCGGAGGUUGAUGAGGAUGGGUUUACGAAGGUUGUGGGGAAGGGGAAGCGGUGA